AUUACUAUACUCCCUGAAUGCAACAUUGACGACAGGACAAACAUGGCGACCUGCAUGGGCAUGGUCGUAAGAGUUGGAGGCACUGCGUGGACUGUGCUGAAGCCAGUGGCGAGACAAUGCUCAAGACAGAGGACAAGCGUGUUCAUCCCACAGCGCUUUUCACAUGGAGCCCGGAGCAGUUUGUACGAGCAUGUCCGUGAAGGUUACAGUGACAAGCCCGAGCUUGACAUGAGAGCAGUGUGUGAGGAGACCGACAAAGUCAUCGCAAAUGUAGAGAACAGGAAGGGUGACCUGCGAGGGGACGAUGUCAGGAAAAUUGUAUGUGUGUGGCAAGAGCUGCAGGCAGUGAGGACAGAAAUCUUUGGGCUGGAGGAAGAGAAGAGUCACAUCAGUGACACAGUCAAAGCACUUGUGACUAAGAAUGACAAGAAAGCCCUUGCCAACCAUCCAGUGUACACCAAGGCUCUGCAGAGGGGUCGAGAGAUCCGCAAUAGGCUCAUUCAGCUGUUCCUCAAAGAGACUGAGUUGGAGCAGGAACACUAUGGACGAGCGCUCAGACUGCCCAACACCUCACACCCCGAUGUGCCAGUUGGAGAUGAGAGCCAGGCGAGGGUGGUGGAGCUGGUUGGACAGAAACCAGAGUUUGACUUCAAGCCCAGAGGCCAUGUGGAGCUGGGGGAGGAGCUGGGCCUCAUCAGGCAGAGACAUCUAGCUCAUGUCUCAGGCCACAGGUCCUACUAUCUGAGGGGAGCAGGGGCCAGACUUCAGACUGCACUCCAAAACUUUGCCCUUGACACAGUACAGCGACGGGGCUUCAUUCCUAUGGUUGUACCUGACAUGCUGAAGGGGGCAGUAUUUGAGGGUUGUGGGAUGCAGCCCAACGCACAUCGCUCUCAGGUCUAUUCACUGGACCAGGCACGUUUCCCAGACCUCAACCUGGCUGGGACUGGAGAGGUCGGGGUGGCAGGCUAUUUCAUGGAUCAUGCUGUAAACUGGAAGGACCUGCCUGUCAGGACGGUGUGCAGCAGCACCUGCUACAGAGCAGAGACAGACACAGGCAGAGAGGCAUGGGGGCUCUACAGAGUACAUCACUUCAACAAGAUAGAGAUGUUUGGAGUGACAGCGGAUGAGACGGGAGAAGAGAGCUCUCAUCUGCUGGAUGAGUUUGUCUCUCUGCAGAAAGAGAUAUUCUCUGCACUAGAACUACACUACAGAGUGCUGGACAUGCCGACACAGGAACUGGGUCCUCCAGCGCACAGGAAGUACGACAUUGAAGCAUGGAUGCCUGGAAGGAACAGCUACGGAGAGAUUUCCAGUGGGUCCAACUGUACGGACUACCAAAGCAGACGCCUCAACAUCCUGUACGAGAGAGAGGACGGCAGCCUGCAGUACGCCCACACAGUGAAUGCUACAGCAUGUGCCAUCCCCCGAACCAUCAUUGCUAUUCUGGAGACUCAUCAGACAAAUGAGGGAACGGUGCGUGUCCCCCGAGCCCUGCAGCCUUACUUGGGUCUAGAAGUGAUCGAGAAGCCAAAGUACUCUCCACUGAAAUACAUUGGACCCAACCAGCCCAGUCGACCACCCAGGCCUGCCCCCAAAACCAGAUAACACACAUAUAGUGUGGUGCAAUAAAGCCAGUUUACAUUCAGCGCCACCAAACCAGACAGGAAGUCAGCAUUUAAUACAGAUAAGGAUGAUACCAGGCGAUGGAUCAUGUCUGAACCUUUCAAAUUACUGUUGCUGUAAAUAUAUUGUCUUAUUUUAUUGAAUGUCCUUUAAUUGUGAAUGCGAGUCUGCAUCUGUCCAGCUCAUGAGGAGGAAAUAACCAAUACAGAUACGUGUUGAAUGUC